AUGUUCCUCGAUCUGAUAAGAAUAGUUGUUUGUGGCGAUGAAUCUGUUGGCAAGUCGUCUCUAAUACUGUCCUUCACGAGAGAAUCUACAACCGACUCAUCCACUGGGCAUGUAUUGCCUCCCAUCACCAUUUCAAGAAGCGAUUACGAAGAGGUGGUACGCGAUGCACCCCCACCAGGAAUACAUGAACGUGACGCGAAGCAUGCCAGUCGCAAUGGACGUGACUCCAACGAUUUGCUUGAUAUUCUGACGUAUAUACCCACAACGGCAACUAUUGUCGACACAAGUUCAUCUGAUGUCACUUCACUACACAAAGAACUCAAGCGUGCUGAUGUAAUUUGCUUAGUGUACUCGGACCAUUACACUUACGAGCGGAUAUCUUUGCACUGGAUGCCAAUGCUUAGAUCUCUAGGGGUCAACUUACCAGUCAUACUAUGUGCAAACAAAUCGGACUUGUCACCUAAAUCAGCUUGGAAAAAUCAGGACAACGAGGAGUUUCUUCCAUUGAUCAACGAAUUUAAAGAGAUCGAGGCUGGUUUGCGAUGUAGUGCCUUGAAUAGGUACAACGUUGUUGAAGCGUUUUAUUUAUGCCAACGUGCAGUUGUGUACCCCAUCUCCCCCCUCUUUGACGCAAUAGAGCACAACUUGAGACCACGUGCUAUUGAAGCUCUCAAGCGAGUGUUUUUCUUGUUUGAUGCGGACCAGGAUGGGUUUUUAAACUUUAAUGAAUUUAACGAAUUGCAUAAAAAGUGCUUCAAAAGAGAGGCCACACGAGAAGAUUUUGAUGGUAAUGUCAAUUAUAUUCAUUCCAAAAUAUUGCCUGAGGGUGGGGAGGGCAUUAGUGAAGAUGGGUUCAUUCUUGUACAUAAAUACUUUGCCGAAUCCGGUAGACAUGAAACAACAUGGAUCAUGCUACGUGCUAACCACUACACAAACUCUUUGUCAUUGGACGACAAAUUUCUACAUCCUCAUCUUGAUGUCAACCCUGACUCCAGUGUUGAAUUGAGCCCAACUGGCUACAAGUUCUUUGUUGAUUUAUUCCUAACAUUUGACAAGGACAACGAUGGUGGAUUAAAUGAAGUUGAAAUUGAUAAUCUUUUCCAACCAACUCCAGGAAUUCCCAGAUUAUGGAUGGAUACAAACUUUCCAUCCUCUAUUGUGUGCAACGAGGGGGGAUACGUAACCCUUCAAGGAUGGUUAGCGCAAUGGAAUUUGACAACAUUCUUGAACUACAAGACCACGUUGGAGUAUUUAGCAUAUUUGGGAUUCAACGAGGGAACUUCAAUCAAGGCUUUGAAGGUGACAAAACCGAGAAAGAUUAGACAGAAGCAGGGAAAGACAUAUCGCAGUUCUGUUAAUGAUCGAAACAUCUUUUAUUGCUAUGUCGUUGGAGCCCCCAAAGCGGGCAAAAGCUCGUUGUUGGAUCUGUUUCUACAUGGUCAGUAUAGCGAAAUGUACUCACCAACCAUCCAAUCUCGAUUGGUGGUCAAGGAUAUUGAGUUAAGAGGAGGGAAGCAAUGCUACUUGAUAUUGGAGGAGCUUGGCGAAUUGGAGUCAGCCAUAUUGGCCAACAAAAAGCGAUUGGACAUGUGCGAUGUAUUAUGCUAUACAUACGAUUCCUCGGAUCCAGAAAGUUUCCAAUAUCUAGUGGAUUUGCGCAAACAAUAUACCAAUUUAGACGAAAUACCCUCAGUGUUUGUGGCGUUGAAGGCAGAUUUAGAUAAACAACAACAGCGAUCGGAUGUACAACCCGAAAACUACACUCGUGACUUGUUUCUUAGCUCUCCUUUGCACAUAUCUUCUUCAUGGACCUCAUCGUUGCAAGAGCUCUUUAUCCAGCUAGUUGAUGCAGCAAAGACUCCUGCAAGUGUAACACCGGGAUUGGAAACAGAAAAGGCGGCUGAUCAAGAGAAAACAAUGCACUUGAUCAUGGCUGGUGGAGCAAUUGGUGUAAUGGCAUUGGUGUCGAUUUGGAUGUUGAAUAGCAUGCGACGCAGAUGA